AUGGCAUUAGGGUUAUUUUGGCAAUACGUUAAUAGCUUUAACAAAGGACAUUGCUUAUCAUUCUCCACUAAUGAUAAAUUCAUACAUUUUAUAAAAUGUUCAAAUAAUUUAUUACCUACCAUAGACAAUCUUAGGAAACGGAACGAAUUGUAUAAUCAAGUCAAAUGUCCAAUGUGCUUACAUGAUGAUGAAGAUAUCUGGCAUAUUGUUAUAUGUCCAGGUCAUGAAGAUGGUUUUCAGCAGGUUGAGUUAGAAGUAACAUCCAAGAUUAUGAAAUUUAUUAAGAAAUCCACAUCCUCAACAAAGAUAGUACAGGAACAGUUAGAACGUAUUAUCUUUGAAUAUAAGGACGAAGCUUUCCCUCUUAUUAAAGAACGUAACUGUAUUGAACUUACUAGAGGGCUUAUCUCAGAUACAAUUAUAACAAAACUUCGACGCUUCUUGUCUAAAAAAGUAACCAAUGAGGUUGUCAGUAGAAUUAUAAAACAUUUCCACAAGGCUUUCAGGAAGUACAUAUGGAAUCCACGAUGCUAUGAAUUGAAUAUACUUGAAGCUAAAUUGGACAUCACUAAAAAAGACAAGAUGAAUACUGUUAGAAGCCAUUCGUGUUCUAUAUCUCAACAACUUGACAUACAACAGACACAAGGAACACUGGAUAAAAAUGAACUUUUGCGUAAAACUUUGACACGUUGCAAGAACUAUAUCCACUCACUUAUAACAAAAGGCUCUUCACAAUCAUGGAAAACAUAG